UGCGAUAGUAUUGUAGUGGAAUAUAAAUGUCCAUAGACCCACAAAUAUUGUGAUCCCAAAGAGGCAUUCCUGCAGCCUGAGAUUGGUGGUAGAUGGGAAAAUGGAAAAUUUUUUCCUCAAGAAAAGUCCAGUUACUUUUACCAAAUUCAAGUGUUCGUGCAUGUUGCUGGACGGAAAAAGUGUGAUUUGGUAGUCUGGACAACGAGAGGAAUUUUCUGCCACCAAGUGACAUAUGCUCCAGUGUUCUUUCAAAAGAUUUCUUUGAAGCUUUAACAAUUUUGGCUUACCAAGGUUGUGCCACACAUGUUCAAAAAAUUCUGCAUUUUGAACAAGGUAUCUUCCAAAUGUACACAUGGUAAGCAUUUAAUUUGAGUGUUACCUUAGCAAAUUUACUUGAAGCUAGUUUGCAGUAAUGUUGCUUAUGAUAGGCUCCACAAAAAUAAAGUAUGGUCAUAAAAAAAAUCCGGUGAACAAAGAUGAAAAAGAGGCUGCUUUUUUAUGCAAAACAGAUGAUACGGUAAGCAUCUUAGAGACAGAAAACAGUGAUCCGCCGAUGAAGUCUGUUGUCUUAUUUGGCUUUGAUGUGCAACAAGAAGACAUAGACAGUCUACAACCAAAGGGACUUAUUACAGACAAAAUCUUGUCUAUAUUAAUGAGAAAGAAUCCAAGCUGCAGAACAAUUUUCAGUGCAAAGUUACUUGAAGAAGAUUAUGUGUUUGUGCCAAUCAACAGAAGCCUACACUGGUUUUUGGCCAUCAUUUCACCAUGGCAUAUCCUUGUUCCGGACUCUUUAACUUGGGAUAAAAAGACAAGAAAUCUACAUUUGAAUAUAUUUCACAAUAUUUGGACUACACCUUUCAAAAGCACAGCAUCAAAAGAAAGCAUCGUUCAAUUCAUAUGUUUAAAGUCCCACAGCAGGAAAUUUCUUCAAACCUCUGUGCUGUUUUUGUAUCAGUUUUUAUUAAUUACUUUUUGAAGGUAAUUAUGGAAACUACAUGUUUCUUCAAGUUAGAGCUUAAUAAUAGGAAAGAUGUACUCAAUGCAAUAACAUAGGGAAGAGUGCUUACUUUUUCAAUCUCACAACAUUUUUUAAGAUAUUGAAAAAAAUGAGAAAUGUCCCAAUGAUUUCAUUGUCAUUGAACAUAAAUGGUUCAGUAACAAGAAUGCCACAAUGGAAAGAAAUAAAUGGCACAGAACUUUGCACAGAUUGUUUACUCUACAUUGAUCUAAAUUUAUCUCUUACACAAAGGAAUAUUUCAUUGUAUAUUUUUUAAAACUUCUACAUACAAUGUUUUUAAGGUGAUGCAAUAAUCUGUGGUUGCAAAUUAACCAAUGCUGCACAGAUAGACACAACAGAAUCAAUAUAUGGUUUCAUUGUUAUUGGGAUUACACCUUGUAAUAUACUAAAUGAGUUCAUUCGUUGAAUAAUUCUUUCAAUGUGAAUCCUCUUUGUAGCCACUCUCCUUGUCAUUAUUGUUGCACCAGUGCCAACAUUACCUUUAUGCAUAAUUGGAGGUGAAAUUAAACGGACAUGUUGAAGGGCAAGUAAA